AUGGCAAACCUCAACCUGCUAAACUUCAUUUUCUUAGUAACUCUCAUGACCAUAACCACAACCACCACAACAUGCAUUGCUUCCAUAAAAGGCUUAUAUUGGCUUGAACAACCACUUUUCCCUCCUUCAGCCAUAAACACAUCACUCUUCACUCACGUCUACUACGCUUUUCUCCAACCCAACAACGUGACCUACCAACUCCACAUUACCAACGCCACAGCCACAACCCUCACCACCUUCACCCCCACCCUCCAAGCCAAAACCCCUUCCGUCACCACCCUCAUCUCCAUCGGCGGCUCCAACUCCGACGUCACCCUCUUCUCUCUCAUUGCCUCUAACUUCACCACGCGCGCAAUCUUCAUCAACUCCACCAUCAACGUUGCACGAACCUUCGGUUUCCAUGGUGUUGACCUCGACUGGGAAUUCCCUCAAACCCCUGACGAAAUGAACAACCUCGGCCUACUCUUCGCAGAGUGGCGCGCCGCAAUCUCCGCCGAAGCCUCCGCCACCUGCCGGCCACCGCUUCUCCUCACCGCCGCCGUGUACUUCGCCGUCGAUUUCUUCCUGUCCGACACCACGUCGUUGACGACGUACCCCGUGGAUUCAAUUAACAAGAACGUGGAUUGGGUUAACGUUAUGAGCUACGAUCUUCAUGGGCCGUGGAGCAACCAUACUGGGCCUCCGUCUGGGCUUUUUGACCCGAAAAGUAAUAUAAGUGUGAGUUACGGGUUGUAUUCGUGGAUCCGGGGCGGGACCCUUCCGCAGAAGAUGGUGAUGGGUUUGGCACUUUAUGGGAGGACGUGGCAGUUACGGGACCCAAGUGUGCAUGGAAUCGGGGCGCCAUCUGUCGGGUCGGGUCCCGGGUUGGAUGGUGCAAUGGCGUUCUUUCAAGUGUUGGAUUUUAAUAACGAAACGGGUGUGAAGGUCGUGUAUGACGUGGAUACGGCGUCGGUUUAUUCGUAUAGUGGGAGUUAUUGGGUCGGGUACGAUGACCCGUUUACGGUGGCGGUUAAGGUUGGGUUUGCUCAAGCUCUUUCGCUUCGUGGAUAUUUCUUUUGGGCUGCUGGUCUUGAUACUAUCGAUUGGAAAAUCUCGACAAAAGGUAAACCAAUUAUAUCUAAUUUUUAA